AUGGCAAAAACCGCCACAAUGGCAACAGAUUCACGCACAAACAACCAUUCUCAUUAUUAUUCCGCUUCUAUGACGCCAACUUCAACAAUAUCCUUAUCGUCGACACAAAGACCUCACAAAACAAAAAUACGCUCAACUUCCAAUGCUUCAGUUGAUUUGGAUGAUCCCGGUUCAUACAGUUAUCACCCAACAGCUGCAAUGGUAGAAGCCGCGAAAAUUGAUUAUGCGCACAGGUUGUUUAUUUACACGUUAGAGAAAUUGUGUAAACUCAGUGGAGAUUUCUUUAUCAAUGAUAAUUGUAAUAUAACAAAUGCUGUUACUAAUAGAACUAUAACAAGAGGCGCUGUCUCGAACCGGGACGCCAAACCUCUCGCGCAAGCCGAUUCAAGUUCCUACUUGGCUUGUGGAAAAAAAAAAGUUUUCUCGAUUUCUUUAUCACGAUCAUCAUGCUGUAUCGGUGGUGUACAAAAAAUCAAUGGGUUCUUAUCAUCAUCUUUUUAG